AAUUUACUGGCUGCACACACGCAGCGCAUAUAAGAAUAUUCUGCUGCGCAAGCGUCGUCUGCGGACAACCUCGCCUUGUGUGCCUUGCUUUAAUCUGCUGUGAACGGUUAGCGCAUACUUGUCACUACCAACCGUUUUCCGCCUGGAGUCCAUCCCGACUCUCCGUGCCUCUCUUUCUCCAAUAUCUCUGUCACUUUGUUGUAUCCGCUGGUCGCACCUCGUCUCGGCCAACUAUCACAAACAUGCAGCCAGGCUCUGUAACAGACUCUGGCUUCAUUCCAAGGAAAGAGUUCAUUCGUGACCAACGAGCUACGAACAUCUUUGGCCUUCUUGCUAUCUCUGGCUCAAGUUGUAUCAGGCUUUAUUCUUUUCCUCCCGAUGUCAUUGCAGCUUUACGUCGACUCCUUGAUCACUUUUACCUCACAGGUGGUUUUCGCGAAGAUAUACAGCAGAACUUCUGGGAAUUUACCAUAACUCAAAAGCCCUGGAAUGCACCAAAAAGUCCUCGUACAGAGCGAAUUCUCCUCGACAUACUCGCUGUCAUAUACAGGUUUGGAUACACUAUUCUUUCUACCGUUGACUAUGGUCGGGAGCGCGACGAUCGUUUAGCUAUCUCAUUUUCAAGGCCACUUCUACCUUCUUCUUCUUCGCCCGCUCCACCUUUCGCACCAGCUCCCGCUGGCUCGGGAAGUAAUAUUUCGCACCAGACGGGGCUGCAAACGGAGAGAAGAAUGCCCUUUGCCAUCUCAUUUGUCUCGCAGACCAUCAUGCGAGUCAUCAAUCCACCACUAAACGCAACUCCAGCAAUUCUUCAAGCCGUGCGAGGAUCAUGGCCUCGGGGCGUAUUGUCGGAGAAGAAAACGGACAACGCGUAUGAAUUUAAGUUGAAGGGGUAUAGCUGGUUCCACGAAGACACAUUUGCGACAGAUUCUCUGCGACACAUCCUUUCACUUCUAUCAUCCCUCGAUGCUCAUGCAUGUUCCCUUGUUAUUUCGCUGGCAAUCAAUGGCCGUUCCAGAGUCAAGGACCUAUGGGUCUUUACUGGCCCUAGCACUACCGAGACUGAUCCUUAUUGGCCCGAAUCUCCUAUAAGCCAAUCCGGUUCUAUGCUGGAUGUAAGAAGAUCUCAUCGGGCGUCGACGCCCGAACCACCAGAAGUGGGUAUGAUCCCCAGCUCUUUGCAUAGAAAAGCCGCCACUAGCUCUCAGCACCCGCCUCACGGCUUGCCAUCCUCUCAGACGCCUCAGCACAUGCGGUCGGCCACAGAAUCCAACGCAUUGCCUCCCCUUGCGACAAAUUUGCCGCCUCGUGCAGUGCCAGGCAAUCAAAUGCGAAAGCCUGCACCCCGCGCACAAGUGCCAGUGUCUGUUGACUUCGAUGCUCGAGAUGAUGAUGAACAUGGUCGAUUUCGCACUUCUCUUGCUAGCGCUGUGCCAAGUAGUUGUGAGAACAUGACUGGUAUAGGUUCCAUGGCGCGUAAUAGAUUCACUUCCAAUCUCAUCUACACAGCAACCCCUGGCCCAAUUCCUGAAUCGGAUCAUCCCACUGAAGACACUGUAUUCUCGUCGCCACCUCCUGAACGACAUCAUCAUAGACCGAGAUCGAGAUCUCCGUCUCCCCAACGCCGGGUAAGCGCUCUGCGACCGGUAUCGACUCGUUCGAAGACCCCUCCGCUCCUCCGAUCACAUUCCCCGCCUAGGGACCCUCGCAACCCCUCACCAACGCCUGCUAGCCAUGAUGUCUCGAUGAAUGAGGGCCCGCCUCUCCUCAGCCCAGGGAUGUUUCGUAUGAGAGACUCAGCAUACUCUGCGAAUACUAUUGACACAGACACAUCUCUUGGGGUCCCAUUCAAAUGGCCAGGACUUGGCCGGCCAGAUGGCAUUGAAAACAUUGAGGAGGUGCACGAGGAACCAUGUGAGGAACCAACGCCACACCUACUUGUCUUACCUGGCGCAUGGGCAAUGUCGCCUGAGGAGGAGCGCCCCGAGAUGUUGCCUCGUAUGAACGAGGCAUCUAUGGUCGAUGAGCGUGGUCUCCAUCUGGAACACAGAAGAAGUCCAGACAAAUCAUUGCAUGACAUCGAUGCGAGGAUUUCCUCGCCGGAGUUGGUUAGUGAUCAGGCUGUGCGCAAGAGUGAGGCAGGGCUUAUUGGGAUGAUAUCUCCCCCGAGGCCUCCUCCUCCACCGAUUCAUCCUCCAUCAAGGGAGAGCGUUUAUAAAAGGAAGGCAUCGAAUUCAACUGAUCCACCUGCAUCACCUAUAAAGUCUGGCAGUCGCAGUGGGAGUGGUAAUGGUUGGGUGCUUGUGAACGUUGAGGGCAAGGAACACAUGACAGCUUCAAUGUCAACACCAGUCGGUAGCCCCACGUCCACGACACAAGUCGAACGUGGAGGAAAGCGCACUACAAGUGCUGCCGCAGAAAGGGCCUCGAUGUCCGCUGCAGCGAAGGCGAUUGCUGUCAUUGAUGUACAAGACACAAAAGCCAAGAAGCGCCAGUCCACUGGUUCUGGUCUACGACGUUUUCUAUCUAUCUCACGGCCUGGUGCCAAGGGCGCUGACGAAGUGAAAUCUGACCCUCGUCUCGCUGCUCUACGUUCAAAGGAAUUAGCGUCCAGCGAAAAAGAAAGUUCUAAACUCACCUCCUCUCGCCAAAGGCGAUUUCGCAACAAGUUCACCCGCCUAGGAGCUUCAGAGCCUGCCGCUCGGCCGCCAGAUCGAGUGCGGGUCAAUCUCGACUAACUUUUACAUUCUUUCCAUUCUCAAUUCCCUAUCCCUUAUAUUAUCGACAUAUGCUUAAUUGCCUCUUUACGACUCCUCAGCAGCAUAUGACUCCAUAACCCACAUUUACUGACUUCUUUGUGCUUUCGUUUGUCGCUCAUGUAGUACUUAUGCUUUACCUCUCUACAGGUGCCUUACGACAGACUACUCGUAAUUUUACGGAUACAGCAUAUCGCUUUUCAAACUGGUGUCAAAUUACCCUUCAUGGCCUGAAGGUUUCUGUCACCUCCAUGUUUAAUGCGUUCAAUUUUCGACUUUU